UGAGAUGAUCCACAGCACAUGGAAUCAAAACGAGAGAUUCAGUAUUUCUGAUGAUAGAGAUAAAAAUCUCUUGAGUGUGAUAAUAACUGAUGUGAGAUCAGAAGAUGCAGGAGUUUAUUUAUGUGGAGUUUAUCUCAAUGAAAUCUUCUACAGUUACUCCAUUCUUACUGCUGUUCAUCUUCACAUUAUGAGUAAAGUGGGUGUGGUCACAGCGAGCGGAUACUCAGCAGGUGGAAUCAUCUUCAAGUGUCAUCACCAUCAAUACAAAAGCAACACAAAAUAUGUGAGUAAAGAAUCAGAUGGAUGUUGUGAGAGGAAGUCUCCAUCAGUUCAGGAUCAGUGGAUGGACAAUGGAGAUGUUUGUGUGUAUGAUGACACCAGAGCAGGAGUCUUGAUGGUGUAUUUUAGAGAGCUGAACGCUGGACAUGCUGGAACAUACAGGUGUGGAGUGAAUCCAUCUCAAUAUACUGACACAUUCACUCAAGUCCAGCUCCACAUUAAAGACGAUACAGUUUUGUCUCAUUGGUGGGUGAAUAAAUCUGUUUCUGUUGGUGAUGAAGUCAAUAUUACCUGUCAGAUCCCAGAGGAACAUCAAUUCAGUCCAAAAGUCUUCUGUAAAGAGGAUGAAAAUCACAUCUGUCAAAGCGUCAUCAGAUCUGAAGUGAAAGUAAAUGAUUUCUCUGAUAAAAGUGUUUUUACUGUGAUCAUCAGUGAUGUGACAGUGAGAGAUGCUGGAGUUUACUGGUGUGGAGCAGAAACCAGUCGCACAGAUUUCACUUUCAUCUCUCUCACCACUAAAGUUCAACUCAAUUGA